AUGCUGCUCCGACGGAGUAAAAGUGGCGACUUGAGGAAGCAGCAGGCCUUGAGGGAGCAGGAGCUCCAGCGCCAACGCGAUGCUUCCGUAUCCAAGUCGCCCCCGCGUCUUCCCCAGCUCUAUAAUGGCGCACCCCCCACCCAGCUUUUCACCGGCGAAGAUCGUUCCGACUCCCUGAACAUCAUCGCUGGUGGACAAGCCGAUUACCACGCCUCAUCCACUCCGCGCCCAUCAAUGGAACCUGCAUACUCGAUCGUCAGUGUGCCUCCUCCUCUCCCGACCGGUGCUUGGGUUGACCCCUACGCUCGCACGGAGAGUAUGACCCAUCGCGGCCGAUACAGCUAUGCGAGCAGCGCAAUCAGCACCAUAAACAGCCCUAGGAGGGUCCGGAGAAGGAAAGACCCCACGCCGUUCAACAUCCUCAUCAUUGGCACCCGUAACGCCGGGAAGACCUCAUUUCUCGAGUUCCUAAAGAUGUCUCUCGCGUUGCCCGCGAAGAAACGAUCCAAGAUGACCGUCGACCACGAUGAUUUUGUUCCCAAAGCCCCGCCUUCGGGCAACUUCAUUCCGCACUACCUCGAAACCGAGAUUGACGGUGAGCGUAUUGGCUUGACGCUGUGGGAUUCCGAGGGCCUGGAGAAGAAUGUCGUGGAUUUGCAGCUCCGGGAGAUGUCGUCGUUCUUGGAAAGCAAAUUUGAAGAGACAUUCGCAGAGGAGAUGAAGGUCGUACGGUCGCCUGGCGUACAAGACACCCACAUUCAUGCCGCCUUCCUAGUCCUCGAUCCGGCCCGUCUGGACAGGAAUAUUGCGGCGAGCAAGGCGGCUACGGCCAACGGCCAGCAGAACGGGGGCCACCAUUUUCCCGCUCGCGUUCUCGGGGGUCUAGACGAAGAUCUCGACUUACAAGUCCUGCGGACACUCCAGGCCAAGACCACUGUCAUCCCUGUGAUCUCCAAGGCUGACACCAUCACAACCAAGCACAUGAAUGUGCUGAAGAAGACAGUCUGGGAGAGUCUGAAGAAGGCGAAUCUUGACCCGUUGGAGGCUCUCGGAUUGGACGACGAGGACCAUGGCACCCCGGAUUCUAGUAGGAUCGAGGAGGAAGAAGAGGAAUUAGAGGACGUCGACUCGGGACACAGCGACGGCGAUGGUCCCGCGGACGACGAGCUUCCAAUCCAAGGACGCUAUUCGUCCAUGACCCCGAAGUCGAAGCGGCAGUCAACUGGCUCUGUUCAGCGCAACAAGAUCUCUGAUGACAAACCGAAGGAGGACGAGAUUCCCUACGUCCCGAUGUCAAUCAUCAGCCCAGACAUCUACGAGCCCGGUGUUGUUGGCCGUCAAUUCCCCUGGGGCUUCGCUGAUCCAUACGACCAGAAUCACUGCGACUUUCUUCGUCUCAAGGACGCCGUUUUCAGCGAAUGGCGUGGCGAGCUUCGUGAGGCCAGCCGGGAGCAAUGGUACGAGGGCUGGAGAACAAGUCGGCUGAAGCAGCGUGACGACUUCAAGGUUCGACGAUAA